CUUGGAUAUCUCAUCCGGCAAAGUUUUGGAUGUUCCUAAUUGCUGGAUUGGGAAUAAUUUUUCAAGUCAAUCUUCGGCUAAAGAAUACUCGGUUUCUUUCUUACCCCAAAAGGAUAAUAUAGCUUCAUUCUCUGAUGAAGAUGUUCUUAAAGUUUCUCAUAAAUGGGGCUUAACCCUAGUUGGCUAUUCUUUAGGCAAGAGACCUUUGUUUGAAGCUUUAUGAAAUGUUAUGAAUAAGGCCUAGAAAUUAAAGGGUUCUUUAACUCUUUUAUCUUUAAAUGAUGGUUUCUUUUUAAUGAAAUUUACAUGUCAAGAAGAUUAUGAUCUUGUUUGGAUGGGUGGUCCCUGGUUCUUUUUUGGUUGGCCGUUUAUAGUUCAAAAAUGGUCGCCUCUAUUUCGUCCUAAACAUGAAAAAUUUUUUUCGAUUCCUCUGUGGAUAAAAAUUAUUGAUCUUCCGCUGGUUUGUUGGACUGAAGAAGGAAUAUCUAAAAUUGCUAGUUUAGUAGGAAUUCCUAUUGCGAUUGAUAAACUUACUGCAGAACAAUUGCGGUUAACGUUUGCACGUAUUUUUGUUUUGGUUAAUAAGGAUUCACCGAUGCCUGAUGAGGUGAAUGUUUCUAUUGUUGAUUCUUUUUUUAGUCUUGAAGUGGUUUAUGAUUGGAAACCGUCUUCUUGUUCAUGUUGUGGUUCGAUUGUUCAUCCUUCUUCUUUAUGUCCCACUAAUCCUUCUAUGGCUUCUGAGAUUUCUGAGAAAUCAGAUAAGGGAAACGAUUUUGUUAAACCGAGAGGGAGAAGUAGAAGCAGGGUUUCUUGGAAAGUUGCUUCUAAUAAUAAAGGCAAGAAUGACAGUUUAAUUUCUAUGGAUAGCAGUAUGGUUGUUAAUCCUCUUUCUUCUAAAAACCAGGAUGAGAUUACAGAUCUUGUUGUGCCAGUUGCCUCUAAAGACAGGAUUAAUGUUUCUAAUAACAUUAUUCUUAAUUUAAAUUCAUCUUCAGAUACUACACUUGUUGAUUCUUUGCCAAUUGAAGCUGAUUUGGUUACUUUUGAAUUGGUUACGUCCAUUUUUUCAGUUCCCUCUGAAAGUAUUUCUGAUUCUACUAUUUUUAACAAUCAGAAUAAAUUUAGUAUAUUGCAAGUUACGGAUGAGAAUGUUGUUUCUAUUAAUAAUAAGGAUACUUCUCAAAUUUCUGCUUCUUUUUUGGAUAAUAUGAGCAAGGUUUUGAUUAGUACUGAUUUGAAUAAUCAUAAUUCUUCUAAACAAUCCAUUGCUAUGGGUAAGAUGCCACGGAAUAAAAUGGCCAGGAAGGCUAACUCUUCUUCUUCUAAACAAUAAUCUCAAUUCCUAAUAUUGUUUCUUGGAAUAUUAUUAGAGGUUUCAAUAAUCUUGAUAAAGUUAUUGCUUGUAAAGAUCUAGUUAAAGCAUUUAAUGUUGAUUUGAUUUGCGUCUUGGAAGCAAAAGUUCAUGAAUCUUGUUUAUUGGAUCCUUGGUUCUGUGCCAAACAUAAGGUUUUUUAUUUUGACACUACAGGAA